AGUCAUGUGACCGGGCAGAAAAAUUGCUGACUGUUGUCUGUGGUGCCGCCAUUUUUGAAUACACAGUUUAUAUCCAGUGAGCCAGGUCAGUCAGACCUUUUUAGAAAAUUCCUUGGAUUGUCAGCAUAACACUGCCUAACCAUGCGCCAUGUUUGUUUUGAACAGAUCGUACACAUUUCAGUGAUGAUAUUUUCAAUGAAAUUUUAUCUUCAAACCAAGGUAGCUCUCGAUUUAUGUUACAAGGAGACAUUGCAGUUAAAAGGAACAGGAAUGCUGUGAUCUGUAGAGGGAAAUCUUGUCUCUGGUCGAAAUUGGAAGAUGGCUUGGUCUAUGUGCCUAACACCUUGUCUAACAAUUACACCUCUGAAGAGAAGAUGCUGAUCCGAGCUGCCAUGGAGGAGAUAGAGGUUCUUACGUGUGUACGAUUCAUUUCACGGCACAGAGAGCCCAGUUAUUUGAGGAUCCAGCCCUUUGAUGGGUGCUGGUCCUAUGUUGGGCGUGUAGGGGGCGCACAAGACCUGUCCCUCAUGAAACCUGGGUGUCUGCAUUGGGGUAUAAUACAACAUGAAGUGCUUCACUCUCUGGGCUUCCAACAUGAGCAGUGCCGCAGUGACAGAGACAAGUACAUCCGCAUUAACUGGGGAAACAUCAAUCAUGACAAAGAACACAAUUUUUACAAAAUGAGCACUCAAAAUCUAGGGGUACCUUAUGACUACCUGUCUGUUCUACAUUAUGGCAAGUUUGCCUUUGCGAGUGAUGCUGGAAAACCUACACUUGAACCAACUGGCAACCCCAAUGCUCUGAUUGGUCAGCGUGUCGGGUUAAGUUCUUUGGAUGUUGCAAAGAUUAACAAACUCUAUGAAUGCAAUAUCUGUAGUUACCUGCUACCAGAUGCACAUGGCACAAUUUCAUGGGAGUCCAAGAGGAGUUUAAACAUUACAACUUGUGUGUGGGUGAUCCGGGUCCCAGACGACAAGGUUUUCCUGCAGUUUGAUACAUUCAGCAUUCAGUCCUCCACAGGCUGUGCUCAGGCCUCUGUUACUGUGUAUGAUGGAAUCAGCAAAGAGUCCCCUAUUCUUAUCAACAAAACCUGUGGGAACAUUCCUCCACUUCCACAGAUUUCCACUGGAAAAUUUGCAAAAAUAGAAUUUACGGGCGCACGGAUUGGAAGCAACUUUAAGGCGAUAUACAGUUCAAUAAAAUGCGGGGGAUCUUUAGUCAAUACAACUGGAAACUUUUCAACACCACUUUUUCCCUCUAAAUACCCCAACUCAGUGAACUGUGUGUGGGUCCUAUCUGCAUCUGUCGGGAACAAGAUCACACUUCAUGUUUCACCAUUUAGUUUGGAGCCAUCACCAGGUUGUUCCUAUGACUAUAUUCUACUGCGUGAUGGUCGAAGACAAACCAAGAAAUGUGGUCACCUUUCCAAGCUGGAUUUCAUUUCUUCUACCAAUUCUCUUAUUGUACAUUUUCACAGUGACUCCUCUGUCAAGGCAAAUGGCUUCUUUGUCACUUAUUCAUUCUCUCCCUUAUCACCAAGGAACCAGAAUGAUGCUCCAUCCAAGCGGCUUAAAUAUUCUAAAAUCACAUAAUCAUCAGUAAUUCCUCUGGUGGACAGCAGGUGGCGCUACGGAAACUCACAACACAAAUAUAUCCCCAUUGACUAUCCUAGUACUUAGUUCAUCACACCAGUGUAAGAAAACAGAUGUUAUAAAUAACCUUAUCUGCACGGCAUGUUCACCAAUGGCUAGAAUAAAAGCUACUGCUUGAGCAACAAU